CUUACAUCAUUGUUUGAAUUUCACUCGUUUUCAUGUUAUAAAUCUCUAACAACAAUAUAUAUCUAUAAAUAUAAAAAUGGCUAAACCAACAAAAAUAGAUUAUGAAAAUAAACUGAUCUUAGCUCCCAUGGUGAGAAUUAAUUCAUUACCAACAAGGUUACUAUCACUAGAUUAUGGCGCUGACUUAGUGUAUUCCGAGGAAAUUAUAGAUCAUAAGAUAUUAGCAGCACAAAGAAUUGAAAACAAAUUACUUGGAACUGUUGAUUAUGAAAUGCCUGAUGGAACCAUUAUAUUCAGAACAUGUCCUAAAGAGGAAGGCAAAGUUGUUUUUCAAAUGGGUACUGCAGAUGCUGAAAGGGCUUUAAAAGCUGCCAAGAAAUUAGAAAAAGAUGUUUUAGCCAUAGAUGUUAAUAUGGGUUGUCCUCAACUUUUUUCACUGAAGGGUGGUAUGGGAGCAGCUUUAUUGACACAACCAGAAAAAAUUAAAAAUAUUUUAACAACACUAGUCAAUGGAUUAAAUAUUCCAGUUUCAUGUAAAAUCAGGAUAUUACCAGAGCUAUCUGAUACUCUAGAGCUAGUAAAACUUAUAGAAAGAACUGGUGUAUGUGCUAUUGGUGUACAUGGUAGAACUAUAGAUGAACGUCCUAGACAUCCUAAUCAAAAUAAUGUGAUAAAAGCUAUUACUCAGACAGUUAAUAUACCUGUUAUUGCCAAUGGUGGUUCUAAAGAAAUACUAUGUUAUAAUGAUAUAGAGAGUUUUAAACAAGAAACUAAUACUAAAUGUGUGAUGUUAGCUAGAGCAGCUCAAUGGAACCCAUCAAUAUUUCGUAAAGAUGGUUUACUUCCUUUAGAAGAUGUUAUUAAACAACAUAUAAAAUACGCUGUAGAAUAUGAUAUCAAUGCUAUGAAUACUAAAUAUUGUUUACUACAAAUCAUGCACAAUUCAAUGGAUAUGGCAGAAGGACAACCAAUGUUAGAUAGUAAACAUUUAUCAGAGAUGUGUGAUAUUUGGAAGUUAGAAGAGUUUUAUAAAACGAUACAAAGAAUGAGAAUAAAGAAAAGAGAAAGGUUAAUGGACGAUGAAAAUAUUUAUAAUAAUAAGAUAAUAGCCAAACGUAUGAAAACAGAAGAUGGUAGUAUACUAAUACAAUUACCAGUAAGGUUUAUCAAGUCUAACUAUCCUGGUAAUAUCUCACCAAAACAACUUCUGCAUACCAAAUACAUGAAAAAACAUACUAAAGCUCCACCUUAUAAUACUGUUCAGAGAGACAGUGAUAAAUGUUUUAAAUCAGUAUUAUGUUUUGAUGGAAAAAAGUACACCACACCAUACUGGGAGAAAUCUAAACAGUUAGCUGAACAAGGUGCUGCUAUAACUUGUCUAAUAUCACUGGGUGUACAUGAUGGUAGAAUUAAUAAUAAUGAAACAGAAGAUGAAGACCUAAGAAGUAAAUGGAGGGAAAUGAUAUCUGAUAAUAACAGUGUGCAAAAAUCUACUGAGACUUCUUCUAAACCUGCUGGAGAGUCUUGCAAUGCUCAGAUUGAUAAAAAAGAAUAUACAGAAACCAGUAAUCAGAUUGGGAUUAACGGUGAAGAUUCUGAUGUGAAAACAUGAUGAUUUUUAUAUAGGAUGGUGAUGACGGACAAAGCCAACAAUAAUAUAGGUUUUAAUUAAUGGAAUAUUUGAAAAAUUGUACGGGUUGCUUUUAUUUAUUGUUUUAUAUAAAAUAAUAUAAUUAUAAAUUAAUAAAUGAAAUCAUUAAUUG